AUGGAAGUGAAGAAGAGAAAGCGACAGAGAACUAAGGAAAUGGAAGAAGACAGGCUGAGUGAGUUACCGGACUGCCUUCUCCAUCACAUCUUCUCUUUUGCCGACACAGCCGAUGUUGUUAGAACUUGUGUUUUGUCCAAAAGAUGGAGCUACUUUUGGAUUUCUGUUCCCUCACUUAAUUUCAAUUUCAAAAACUUUUGUAGCGUUAUUAGCUCAAAAAAAUCAUCUUUUAUAAACUUUAUCCAUCAAGUUCUUCUGCGUCGAAAUUCUGUACCUGUUCAUAGUUUUCACUAUACUUCAUCUGUUGAUGUUAAAGUAAGUGUUCUUCAAUCAUGGAUAUGCUAUGCCGUUAGUCAUCAGGUUCAACACCUUACAAUAGAAGCAGCUGGUCUUACAAUGCCCUUUCAGUUCCCUAAUUAUUUUUCUGGUUGCGCAUCCUUAACGACUUUGAAAUUGAGUUCCUCUCUGUAUGGAAGCAUGAAACUGCCUAAAACUUUGGAAUUAUCUUCUUUGAAACAUUUGUACCUUGCUAGAAUUCAAUAUUGUGAUGGAAGUAUCCUUAAUUUCAUGGUGAAUUCUGUGUAUUGUAACAACUUUGAAUUUGUUAUUGUGGCUCCAAAGCUUAUGAAAUUCAAGUUUGAUGGUUAUCCUCCUAAACUCUUCUCUCCCAAGAAUCUCUCUUCUCUGGACCAAAUUGAAAUUGAUAUGCCAAGCAGCAAAAAACUGGAUUGUUAUGAGCAUGCAGAUAUGAUAAAGCAAGAGUACGCUCUCCAAAUGCUCCAAAUGCUAGAUGCAUGUCAUUUUGCAAAAACCAUCACAUUGUCCAUGAAUGUCAUUCAGAUUGAUUCAUACUCGUCAAUGAUAUUUAUAGAAUUCAUCUCGAUGUAG